UAGGCUUUUGGUCUAUGUUUGUACUGCCCACUCACCUGAAAUUCCCCCGGGUCCCAUGUACCUAUCUAUCUCGUGGGUCAGCUACCUAUGUACCUUGGGUACCUAUAGGUCUCGGGCUCGGCAGAUCCAACUAUUGCCGUACCGACCAGAUUGCGGAUUGGCCACAGUCGCAUGCCCCAUUAAGCGCAAGUCUGCCGAAAAAUGCAUAUACGUAUGCAUACCUACAUGCCGAGACCGCCCAUACCUCUCUUACCUACAUGCAUCCGAAAUUUACUACCAACAGAUGUCUCUUCGCGAUCUCCCAACCUAUCGAUCACUUCCCUAUCUACCCACUUUCCACCAUCACGUCGUACCGGUGUGUGUAGUAUACCCAACAGAUAUCAGCCUCCAGCCGAGAGAAUACGACCAGAUCCGAACACGCUUUGAUGGAUUCUUGUGCGGAAGGCCCUUCAGUUUUCCUCUCCCUUCCUCUCCCUUCACUGUGUCUUUCCAAACCUCCAGGGUCCCCCGGCCCGUCCAAGGCCUGAGCCACGCUCAUACCAACCGCUACUACGCUCCCUCCAUCCCGACCUUCGUCCUCGAUACCCACCCAGCCAUCGCUUGUUAUCCCGGAUCUCCCCUCAGCAACCGCUCGAGUAGCAGCAGUUGCUCUAGAACCGCAUCCCAUUCACUUCUCGACCAUUCAAUCCAGCGCGACAGAGUAACGUGUCUGGUCCGAAGCUUGACACGCCCGCGCCUCCAUCUAGCUAGCUAACCCAUCGUAUCGUGAAUUUCCGACCAGAUAACCGUCCGAGAUAGCAUCGUACCCCAUCUCGAAAUCCCCACUGAAAUCCCCGCGACCCCGUCGGAAGACUCGCCUAUAACAAGUGAGCCCAUAGCCACAGUCGC